AUGGAUUUUUUUGAUUUGUCCAACUUGGAUGGUCGAUUAAAGGCAAAGGUGAUGAAGAACGUGAUUAACAUUAUCAAAAAGCGUGCUAUUAGUAGUUCCAAGGGUGUGGAGGCCCAACAGGAUGGGGAUGCCCAACAUGAUGGGGCUGUGGUUGACAGUUAUUUUGUUGUGCCUGUUGAAUCAUCGUUGUUUUCGUUUAUGGGUCAAUUAGAUUCCGGGCUUGAGGAAUCUUGUUGGAAUGAUAUGCCUGCCGGGAAAUCGGGUGGUUCAAACAAUUCAUCAUCGGUCCUAAAGUCUACCUCGGCCGAUAUAAUCAUCGAAGCAGAAAAAGCCACUUAUGUUAGACACAUAAACAUUUAUCUUGCGGAUGAUCCGUAUUUAAAGCAGUUUCUUCCGCUGGAUCCAGCAACCAAUGACAUUUUCAAUCUUGCAAAAGAUGGUGUACUUUUAUGUAAGCUUAUCAAUAUUGCUGUUCCUGGAACAAUACAUGAACGAGCUAUUAACACAAAAAAGGAAUUUAGCAUAUGGGAGAGGAAUGAGAACCAUACCCUUGGUCUCAACUCUGCAAAGGCUAUUGGUUGCACCGUGGUAAACAUUGGCACCCAGGACUUAAUUGAAGGAAAGCCUAAUCUCUUAUUCGGUUUGAUCGCUCAAAUUAUAAAGAUUCAACUGUUGGCAGAUCUCAACCUUAAGAAGACACCUCAGCUUGUAGAAGUGCUGAAGGAUGAAGAUGGAGUAGAUAUCGAGGAACUUGUGGGGUUAGCUCCUGAGAAGGUCCUACUAAAAUGGAUGAAUUACCAUUUAAAGAAAGGGGGAUAUGAAAUAACCGUUACAAAUUUUUCUUCAGAUCUGAAGGAUGCAAAAGCUUAUGCUUACCUGCUUAACAUGCUAGCACCAGAGCACGGUAAUAAGUUGACCCUUGAAACGAAGGAUCCGAUCGAAAGGGCUACAUUGGUACUUGAGCAUGCAGAGAGACUUGGAUGUAAACGAUAUUUAAACCCUCAAGACAUUGUUGAAGGCUCGUCAAACUUGAAUCUUGCAUUUUUAGCUCAUAUCUUUCAUCAUAGGAAUGGCCUGACUGUAGAGAAAGAAAAGAUUUAUUUUGAAGAAAGGAUGACAGAUGAUGUGGAACUUUCAAGAGACGAGAGACGCUUUCAACUAUGGAUGAACAGUCUCGGAAUCGAGACUUGUGUCAAUAAUCUCUUUCAGGAUGUAAGAACUGGAUGGGCGCUUUUAGAGGUGCUUGAUAAGGUUGCUCCUGGAUCAGUCAACUGGAAGCAUGCAUCGAAACCUCCGAUUAAGUUUCAUAUUAGAAAGGUGGAAAAUUGCAACCAAGUCGUAAAGAUCGGGGAGAGGUUGAGAUUUUCCGUUGUGAAUCUUGAUGGAAAUGAUAUAGUUCAAGGAAAUAAAAAACUUAUAGUCGCUUUCCUAUGGCAAUUGAUGAGGUAUAACAUGCUUCAAGUUUUGAAAAGCUUGAGAUCUUGCUCCCGAGGGAAGGACAUAACCAAUUCAUAUAUCAUAGCUUGGGCAAACAGCAAAGUUAAAAGCACCGGAAGAUCCCAUCAAAUAAAAAGCUUCAAGGAUAAGAGCCUUUCGUCAGGACUGUUCUUCCUUGAACUUUUAAGCGCAGUGGAGCCAAGAGUGGUUAACUGGUGCCUCGUAACCAAGGGUGACACUGAGGAAGAGAAGAGGUUGAAUGCAACAUAUAUCUUAAGUUUGGCACGUAAACUCGGGUGCUCCAUCUUCUUGUUGCCUGAGGACAUCAUGGAGGUAAACCAGAAGAUGAUGCUCACUUUAACAGCCUGCAUUAUGUGCUGGUCCCUCCAAAACUCACCGAAAGAGGCUGAGGCUGGUAAUGGAAGUUCCUAACACUGUGGUGAAAUCUCAAGCUUAAACAUCGACAAUACUGCCUCGAACAUUACAGUCUCACCAUCCUAGUUUAAGAAUGGAAAUGUCAUUGCUUAGUAAAGGAUACUGAAUGGCAAUUGUUUACCUCCAUACAUUGUCAGACCAUGUAGAAAGGAAAGGAAUAGUAUGCUUGCAAUCUAUGUUACUCGGACUUGGCAGCAACUGUUGGACAAUGAGUUUGUUUUCAUCAUAUGUUCGGUAAGUGU